UAUGCUUGUUGUCCUUCUCCAGCAAAGUUGGGAAAUCCCAGCUCUGAGCUUAAGUUGACUUAAAGGCAGACCAUUCAAUGUCUUACUACCCAGAAAUAGGGUAGUUCCUGUAGAACACAUCAUUUUCCCUGUCUCCUGUCUCUAUCUAGUGCUGUGUCAUUUAAUAGCAUGAUUAAGAGCAGCACCUGUUUAACUCCUGUGCAUGUGUUGUUUCCUUCCUACAUUACAUGGAGUUGGGUGGUUCUUUCUGUUCUGCGUCAGAUCAAUGUGGUCUGCUGUUGUUGGGUUGCAUAGUCAUGCCUCUGAAGAAUGAUAGUUCCCAGUUAAGUUUAUGUUUUAUGAAAAAUCAUACGCAAGGAAACAGUAAUGCUGUGUAAACAAUAGGUUGGAUAUGUAUUGGGAGGCCUUUUUGCUUGGGUGCUUCUUCAAGACGCUAAAGGGAGAUCAUCUGCAACACUUCCUUUGGGGCCUAGACUCUGGUGUAUGUCUGUUUGAUAUUCAUCUAUGAUGGGGUAGAAAAGUAAGACUUACUCCUUUUCCUUAUACCUUGAGUGUGUAUGGUGGAAUUGAACCUAUUCUCUAUGUAGCCAAACAUGAGUAGGAGUAGGAUUAGGAGUAGCAGAAGAAGAGACUUUGGAACAGGGCUCUGAUGGCUUCUCCUUCAGACUAAUUUGUUAGGAGGAAAUGGCACUUUCUCUGGAAGCAAUGGCAGCAGCCUUCCAGAGAAGAUGCUCUUCUAUACAAAAGAGACUUCUGGAAAAUAGCCUGAGCAUGGAUGCCUUUCAGGAGGAGGCCUACACACAGGACCAGCCACCAGGUGUGCACCCCCAAAUUAGUUUACCUGGAGGCCGCAGCAGGUGGAGGCAAGGAUGGGCAGCAGCAUUGGGGUGGUGAGGACAGAUGGUGCUCAAAGAAGAAGCUCCAGAUGUCUGUGCUCCCUUGCCCUGAUGCUGAGAAAUGCCAUUUUCAUUUCCCCUGAGUGCUUCUGGGCCCCAAUAUAGCACCACUAUGUUGAGGUAAGGCACAGAGGCCCUUAGACCAUUAGAGAAGGUGGCAGCUGUUGCCACCUGGUUUGGUGCUUCUGUUCCCAAUGAAGAGGCCUAUGCUUUUUAUUUUAAGAAAUUGGGGGGUUGGGGGUAUUACGCUGGGGCCUAUGCUUGCCAGGGGACCUAGACUUUGAGCUUUCAUUUAAAAAAUGUAAGAGCCUAGCCCUUCUAGAAAUGAAGUUAUCAAGCAAAAUAUGUGAGUACCCUUCUAACUGAGCCAGCCCAGCUAUCCCCACCUUUCAGUGUUUUGAGUGAUGUCAGAGCUGUGACUGAUGAGUAAGGUUUUUUUUGGACACCAGGCUAUAGAAUAACUGGUGUCUUAAAGAGCUGCCAUUUCCCCCUUCCAUCCAGUGCAUUUUUCUGCCCUGCUUGUUUUAUUUUCUAGUCCUUGGAAUUUCUGUAAUUUAGCCAAUCUUUCUACAAAACAGGGUGCAUCUUUCCUGUGGUGAGUUAGUCUAAGAUCAGGUACUCACUAUAAGUUAUUUUCUGUAAAUAUUAUUACACAAUAAGUGUGGGUGGAUGUUAAAGAAUACCCCACUAUAUAGCAAGUGCAAAAUGUGAAACGUUUGCAAAGAGGCUUGGGCAUUCUGUCAUACCAACAUUUCUCCAAUGAAAAUAGGGACGUCUCAUUCCAUAAUGAUAAUUUUACUAUUUAUAUCCACACAUCUUACUGAGUUGCCCCAGCCACUCUGGGCAGCUUACAACAUAUAUAAAAACACAAAAAACCCCACGCUUCCCUAGACAGGAUUGCCUUCAGACAGCUCACAGGCCGCAGAAUAUUGAGGGGAUCCAGCCCCCUGCUUAAUUGGGGGGGCUCAGCUCCCCCCCCCCCCAUGGUUUCCCUGAUCGGUGGGAGCUAGUAGAGAUGGUACAAUACUAAGAUAAUGUGUUCCCUGUUGAAUGUCCAGGAAAACAUAGGCAGCCCCAUCUUAGGGUUCAUAUCAAUAGACAAUAAGUGAAAAGAUAGUGCAAUAUGUUAUUGUAUGAAAGUGAAUAUGAACUAGAGAUUUUGCCUGCAAUCCAGAAAAGCUACUGUGUACAGAGGAGGAGGAGGAGGAGGACAAGUAAUAACAACAACAAUAGCCAGGUUCUUUCUCACAGUGCCUACAAAGCACGCCUACAUAGCAACACCUACAAAGCAACACCUACAUAGGUAAGCUUUUUCUUGACUCUCCCACCAGCUGCACAAGGCUAUUGUGCUUUAGGGUUUCUGAGUCUCAAGGUUUGACCUAAAGUUUCAGGCUUUAGCUUUCUUCUUGGAAUCACAAGUGGCAGGCUACUUCCAUCCUGACUUAAAUGCUGUUGUCUUGGUCUUGCUCUCCAUCCCCAUUCUGUCCAAUAGUCUUCCCCCUAAAAUACCAGGCAUAGGCAAACUGCCUAGAAGGCAUCAGAUUCCCUUCAUUCCCAGGCUCCUCUCAUAUUCUGAUCACUGCUAACAUUAGGUAGCACUCGUGUGACACUCAUUUUAUCUUGUUAUUGUGUAACAGCAGAAGGCUGGCAGUGAAUCUGUUAAUUGCUGGGAUUGUAUGUACAUGCUAGUUUCCUUUGAAAUAUUCAUGAACGUUUUCACUAUGAAGAGAGCACGUUGUGUGCCAUGUUUGUAAGAUUUCCUCACAGAGACCCAGUUCUCACCAAGAUGGUUAAUCUGUUUCUAGGCUGUACCACUUCAGAUUGCAAAUGAAACCAGAGUCCCCACCUGCAGUCUGAAGUGGUACAGCCCAGACUCAGGCGUACAACCUCAGUGAGAACUGAGCCAGAAGCACAAUUCCUAUACAGUACUGUAAUUCCUUGGGAAUGAUUGCUGCACCAGUUUGAAUCUGCAGUGUAGACACAUGCUCAGGGUGCAUUCUGCUACACAAUUAGAUGCUAUAGGCAGGAAGUUGUUUUAGGGUACAGUGAUAAACUGUGGCUUUUUGUGGAGAGGGUGCUGGAAGAAGGACCAGGAAGCCCAGAGGUUGCAAGGGUGAAGGAAAGGUUGAAAGAAAGAGUCUGGCUCCAGGGCAGAUUCAAAGCACCCCUGGUAAUUUGUGAAUAGCUUUCAGGGCCAUCAUUUCAGUGAAGUGGUUUUGAGUCUUUGUACCUGGUUAAUUUGGCAUUUAGCAUUUGGCAUCUGAUAUCCGAACAUGUUUUAGAGCAAUGUGGUACCUAACCUUUCCGUUGUGUGGGAAAUAUAUAUAUAUACAUUCUCAACAGUAAUUGAUAUUUUGUAUGUAGCUUGCUUUUAUUUUAUACCUUGAGUUUUAAGUUGCGCAUCAACUUUUAAUUAAUUCAUUAUAGGUUUUUAAUAUGCUGUAUUUUACUACUUGGUUUGGUUUGUGAGCCACCCAGAAAACUGUUAUAGGGCAGCCUUAUAAAUGUAAUAAUAGUGAUGGUUGUCGUGGUGUUAAUUCAUUGAUAACUGAUUAGUGAUUUUGUCUGUAGUUUUUAUUUGUUGUUGAGAUUUAAAUUAUUAUUGUUUAUUAUUACUAUUCUUAUGCCAGAAGGGUUGCAUUGCUGUUAUCAAUUCAUAAUUAGGCUUUUUAAACUGCCAUACAUGUUUCUUUGCUUCAAAUGGUUGACAUGUGAACCCUGAGGUCCUUGGAAAUUGUUUUAGCUACAUUUUCCUACCCAAAAUUACAUAGUCUGGGAGAUUGUUAAGAAAAUGACUAUGAUCAGAAAAAUAGGGCGGGCAAAAAAAACAGCGGAAGAGAGGUGUGUUUGUGUGUCCGUGUGUCCUGUCAAUAGGCAUUACGGUAGCAAUUCCAGCACAAUAUGAUGACCGUAAGCUGAUGUACUCUUAAGACUGUACCAGAUCCCACACUUAAUCUGUACAGGCAGAACCAUUAGUUUCAGUGUUUUUUAACAAAAGUUAGAAUGAUGUACAGAGGCUUUUCAUUAGUAGGCCAUCUGGUUCUAAAAUAUGCAAAACCAGGGCAGACUCUCACCAAAUAUAAUCAGGGCUCCUUCACAUAUUACUGAAACAAUGUGAACAUUUAUUGUGUUCAUUACAUUUUCAGUUGUGGAGGCUGUACUUAUUAAAAUCAUAUGUGUUUGAAAAUAUGUUGCAAGGGGCCAGGACCUGCUGCGCUUGUGCACUGAAAUAAAUGCAAGCGACAGCUUCAUAUGCUGUGGGAUUUACUGCCAAACACAGUGGUCUUCUAGUUUGUAACAAGUAUCCCUGAAUUAUAGGACGUUGAAAUUGGAAAGAAGAAAUCUCACUUUGCAAAUUAAGAUGAGCAUAUAUGCAGCCAAAGCAACACAGGAGAAUACAAGAUCAGAAACUUUAUGAUUAAAGACAUCUACUGUAAUGCAAUGCAAGAAAGUUACCAUGUUUAUUUUUCUGUAAAGAUAAUGGAGGACAAAGAGUGGAAAGAGCUGGCUAACAUCAUGCUGUCUAGCCAUCUGCCACCGGAUGAGAUUUGACAGCAAUAAACAUACACAAUCCCUGCCCAGAGACCCUACCCAAGAUCUUAUGGUGCCUUUCACAAAUGAGUUUAGUGUAGGGGGAUGGGAGCAUGUAAUGAAACUCAUGUUGACCUCCAACGUUUAAAAUUUCCCUCUUGCUUGCUUGUCUACAAUCUUGAAUCAAGAAAAUAGUCGUCGACUGUCCACAAAGUCGAAAGCAAUCAAACUUAAUCACAUUUCAGUUUUUGAAGUGAGAUUUCAGUCUCCCGACUCCUCUCAAAUCCCAAUUCCAAGGUCCCCCAUUUCUAUUGUUCUGUUCAAAUGUUUUCCUGUGCACCAAAUAUUUAUUGUGCUUUCAUUAAAAACAAGGGUUUAGAAUACAGAAUUUCUUUUCCGUUCCAUUAAGUUAAGUGUGCAUUGGGAACUGAUUUGAAUGCUUCUCACCAAACUGUUUCCUAUGACGUUCAGCACAGUGUCAUGUAGUAUAAUUCAUGUGUGUUAGUUAAACCAACCCAAGUGGCUUUGCAUCUUUCAAAGCCACUUUCCUUCGUAGCUCUGUGAACCAAGACUGUAUAUAACUAGUUAGAAAUAUUAGUAUAGUAUGCAUGCUAUUUGCGACUACAUGGAUUCUGAAAAUAAAUAGGAUUGCAAAGUUGAAAAUUAUGUGCAGGUAAAUCUGAAGAACUAUCUGAAGAAGUGUGCAUGCACACGAAAGCUCAUACCAAUAACAAACUAAGUUGGUCUCUAAGGUGCUACUGGAAGGAUCCCUGACCAUUACUAGUCCAAGUGGACUAGAUGGGUGAGUUUAGGUUACAUAGAAAUCAUAGCAAAGAACGGGAAAUUGCAUCCCCAAAUGACUGCUAUAUAAUAGUUGAUUAGUGAGAUGAUAACUGUGGAAAUAGAUUUUUACUGCUUUGAAAGGAACCUGUAAACUGUGAGUCCCUGUGUACAUGUGAGUCAGGCUCCUUCAUGGAGUCAAAAUGGAUGUAAGAAGAUGCAUGGAAAUGUAUCAGGCAGAAGUGGGAAAUGGAGGUGUUGACGGUUCCUACCCUCUCCAGGGCCUGUGACACAGAGAGAUAUUUAGAAUCAGAGAAAUUAACAUUCCUUGGUUAGCAGAACAAGCAGCAGUUCCAUCAUCACUUACUUGUUAAGACUUUCUUGUCUGUUGAUGUGAAGAGAUCCGAAGUUGCUUCUUUGAAAAACAUUGGCCGGGGAUUAAGAAAAUUGAGCAUUGCUUGGUCCUGAAAGCUCUAUAUUGGAGCAACAUCUUACUUAGUAUGGCAAUUCCGUAUAUAGGGGGACUCCACCCCAUGCAACUAUACUACAGCUGGGGCAUUACAGUGGUACCUCAGGUUAAGUACUUAAUUGGUUCCGGAAGUCCGUACUUAACCUGAAGCGAACUUUCCCAUUGAAAGUAAUGGAAAGUGGAUUAAUCCGUUCCAGACGAUGAAAAACACCCCCUAAAACAGCAAUUUUACACGAAUUUUACUGUCUAACGAGACCAUUGAUCCAUAAAAUGAAGGCAAUAAUCAAUGUACUGUACUAUAAAAUAAAUAAAAAACAGUAUUGUAGAUGAAAAAUAAUAAUAUUUACAGUGGUACCUUGGGUUAAGUACUUAAUUGGUUCCAGGGUACCCCAUUCACACCCCGAAAAGUAUUUAACCCGAGCAGCGAUAGUGUGCGAAGCACCGAUAGAGCGCUUCUGCGCAUGCGUAAAGUGUGCAGAUCGCUUCUGUGGAUGCACGUGCAGUGGAACCCGGAAGUAAACACUUCCUGGUCCGCAGAGUACUUAACCUGAAAGUACUCAACCUGAAGCGUACUUAACCCGAGGUAUGAGUGUAUGUGACUACUGGGAAGUCACAGCUGUGGUGAAAAGGAGGCUUGCCUAUAAAAUAGAAGCUAGAAGUUUGCUGUUAAAAUGAGGUGGGCGUCUUUGCCAUGAAACAUAUGGUGGUGCACAUUUUUUAUGUCCCCAAAUACCCAAAAGAUUGUACCUUGGUCAGAACAAACUUUGCCCAUGCCAGAGAGCAUGUCUCUGCACAUAUCAAGCAGCUCACUCCAGAGGGAGUGGAGCAGCAGUGCUUUCCAGUAUUCCCAGAUGCUUGCAUUUAAAGCGAUGGGCCGUGUUUCAAAACCAGGUUUUAGUCACAAAUAUUCCUCUGGACAGUGGAUCAUUGCCCUAUAUUAUCUGCACAGUACUCCUGGAGAAGAACCAUCACCAUAAAUACAUAAUGUCUGUUUCAUUUCUACUGUGAAGUCUCACACACGGGAGGUGCCCAGCUUCUCAUCCAUACAUGAUGCCACUAGGAGCAAAUCCAGGUGCUCCUAAUGCAAGCACAUAAGAUAGAGGACACCACUUUUUCAACAGCAGUGUGCCUCAUCUACCUCUUCACUGAAGUCUACCAUGACAACAUUCAGAUGGCAUUGUCUACCUUUAGGGGGGAGAAAAUACUUCUAUUCAUAGAUUUCUUUCAUGUUUUCCAGGAAGUCCAUGAAUCCCCUUGAUCUGACCCCUUCCCUAAUUGUUAUCUUAGUUGUCUCCACUAUGGAAGCUGUUUGUUGGGAACCUCAGGGACCAGGUUCUUGCUCAUAAAACUCUUUUUAGCCUUUCUCCUCCUAACCUUUGACUCCAGAGGCUUAAAAAUUUCCUUUGUGAUGUCAUGGUUUAUUCUGUUUUGUGCACUGGCUGCAAAACUCCUGAAAUUCAGGAAAGGAUAUAUGGAGAGACUCUUAGUAUACUCCAUUUGGAGAACAAAGGCCAUAAUGGGAGUGAGCUUUGAAGUGCUCUCCUGCAUCGGUUAUUGAAUGCCAUUCAUUUAAAGGAAAUUCAGGCAGGCAGUCAAUGGGUCUUUAUCCAGCAAAUGACAGUAUAUCACUUAAUUGUGCAGCCACUGGUGUUUGUUGCAUUCUAUUUUUUAAAAAAAAUAUGGAAAAUAUGCAGUUUGCUGGUUUAGCUUAUAACCCUGACCAUUGCAAACAAAGGGUGUUCAUUAUUGAAUUUAAAUGCUUGUGACAUUCAUUAAUGAACUCAAAAGCUUGUAAUGACAUAGGAUUUAUUGUUCAUAUAAUUAUCUUGGGAAAUCCAGUCACUGACAGCUGGCGAAUGGGCUCCCAGCUCUUCAACAUUUGCACUGGCGCUUUAAGACCUCCCCCACACCAUUGCUGGAGCUGGGGAGGGGGAGAAUGGGUGGUCCAUUGCAAACAGCCAGGCGCUUCCUUGAUUCCAGGAGCCCUAUAUCUGCUUUGAUGGACAACAAAGCUCCUCCCCUCUUGAUUCCGAUACGGACUAGGCACCGCCGCUGUUUUCUGUGGAAGAAAAACUGAGAAAAGAUGCAGAUGGUGCACCGCUUUCUCAUCCCUUGCGCGAUCUAACCCGGGAUUCUGUGUUGCUUCCUUGGCUGUGCUGGAAUCAGAGAGGACAGAGGUCCAGCAAAGGAAGAGGAAAUUUGGGGGACAUUAUGCUGUCUCUGGAAGAAAGACUACUCCUGCCAUGGCAAGUAAGAGCUUUGCUUUUGGUUUCUGUCUCUCUCCAGAGUGCUGGAGAGAUGACACAGCUCCAUUAUUCAAUUCCCGAGGAGUUAGCUCCUGGGGCCUUUGUUGGGGAUGUGGCUAAAGACUUGGGUCUGGAUGCUGCCCGGGUGGUCUCCCGACAGCUGCAGAUCAUGGCUGGCUCUGCCGAAAAGUACUUCGAAGCCAAGGUGCCAAAUGGUGUCUUGGUAGUGAAAGAACGGCUGGACCGAGAGCAGCUUUGUGGGCCCAGCUUACACUGCCUGCUCUAUCUGGAGCUCCUACUUGCAAACCCAACAGCCUCCCAUCGUGUGGAAGUUGAGCUCCUGGAUGUAAAUGACAACGACCCAGUUUUUCUUACCAGUCUCACCCAUUUGGAGAUAGCAGAGUCUGCAAUGCCAGGGGCCCGCUUCCCCCUGGAAAGUGCAGAAGAUUUGGACAUUGGCAUGAAUUCAGUCAGCACCUACCAGCUGAGUCCACGUGGACAAUUCAGCCUCAGUGUUAAGUCACAUAAAGGUGGCAGCAAGCCUGAGCUGGUGUUAGAGAAGGCGCUGGAUAGAGAACAACAGCAGCGCUACCCCCUGGUGCUUACAGCCCUGGAUGGAGGAGUUCCUGCUAAAUCCGGGACAGCAAAGAUUCUCGUGUCAGUCAUAGAUGCCAAUGACAAUCCACCUGUCUUUAACCAGUCGGUGUACAAAGUUAGCCUACUAGAAAAUGCCCCCGUGGGGACCCUUGUGAUACAUUUACAAGCUACAGACAAUGAUGAGGCGGCAAAUGGGAAAGUUUCCUACUCCUUCAGCAACCACACUCCACAGAAAAUCCGGAAAAUGUUCAGCCUUAAUGAGGAGACUGGGGAGAUACGAGUCCUGGGAAGUGUGGAUUAUGAAUAUGACACAUUGUAUGAAAUUGAUGUGAGGGCCAAAGACCAAGGGUCACCUUCCAUGGAUGCACACUGCAACAUCUUAGUGGAGGUAGUGGAUGUGAAUGACAAUGAGCCUAUCAUUAGGUUCACUUCCCUCACCACCACCAUACCAGAAGAUGCUCCCCCAGGUACCACAGCAGGGCUCCUCAGAGUCAGUGAUGCAGAUUCUGGGGGAAAUGGAGAGGUACAGCUUCAUCUCCCUGCAGAUGUCCCCUUCCAGAUUGUACCUUCCUUUAAGAACCACUACUCUUUGAUCACCAGUGGCCCCCUAGAUCGGGAGGAAAUCUCACAGUACAAAGUUAUGAUCACAGCUACAGAUUCUGGUUCUCCACCUCUCUCCAGUCAAAGAAACUUCCUUGUAAAUAUAUCUGACCUGAAUGAUAACCCACCCCACUUCUCACAGCCUGCAUAUGAGACCCUCGUAACUGAGAACAAUGCUCUGGGGCUGCCAAUCAUUUCUAUAUCUGCCUUUGACCCUGAUCUGGGCCAGAACUCACACCUGUCUUAUUCGUUAGUGGAGCAUAUCAUAAAUGGAAUGCCCAUUUCCUCCUAUGUCUAUGUUAUGGAGAACGGCACUAUCUACAGUGGCUGCUCAUUUGACUAUGAGCAAACCCAGCAACUGGCUUUCCAGAUUCAAGCUAAGGAUAAUGGUUCUCCUCCACUCUGUGCCAAUGUGACUGUCUCUAUUUACAUCAUAGACCAGAAUGAUAAUGCUCCUCUCGUUGUAUACCCUGUAACCAAGAAGGGGGUCCUAGCCCAGCAGCCAGUCCCUUUUUCUGCAAAAGGAGGUUACCUGGUAACCAAAGUUACAGCUGUAGAUGCAGACUCUGGGCAUAAUGCAUGGGUUUCUUAUAAGUUGCAGCAAGCCACAGACCCAAGCCUUUUCCAAGUCUCGUCAUUCACAGGGGAGAUCCGAACAGUCCGAGCCCUCCUGGAACAAGAUGCCCCUUCCCAAGAGUUGGUUGUUGAGAUCUUGGACAAUGGGAAGCCACCUCUGUCUGCCACAGCCACUCUGAUUCUUAAUCUAGAGCAUGAGCAUGAGUUGGGCACAGCAGACCUCAGAGAGUCCACCAUGGAACAAGAAGGGCUCUCUCAACUGACCUUGCAACUCAUUAUUGCUCUGAUCACAAUCUCAGGACUUUCUGCUCUGGCCUUUGUGUUUUUAGCUAUGAAGUGUCUUAAAAGAUUGAAAGGAAGACACUCAGAUGUGGGUUGGACCAGCGACCUGAAGGGUAGGAACUCUAUUCCUGUGGGAGGACACUUUGACACAUUCUCAGUACGCUUGAGCCAGGAGGAAAAAAUGGAAUUCCCUACAGCCUUCAUUGGAGGAGAUGUUGUUCCUCCUUUUACCCUCCUAAGGCCUGGUCAGACCCACUUUUCAGAAGGGAGGAAUUUCAGGAUAGCCACACCAGUCACUCAGCGGGAUAUCAACAACACAGGCACACUUCUGGCCUGCAGCCUUUCCCAAGAGCCAAACGAGGUGAGGCAUGAAAUACUGUUCUAUAACUAUGUUGUGCAGCACCCUGUGAUUCUGUAACAAU